AAGAAUGACAAAAUUAAAUCACCCACAUUAUAGUAUUACUUAUUUACAAUAAAUGAGAGAUAGAUAGUCCUUAAUAUUGGUGUUGAUAUAAAGAUGAAAAAAGCAUAAAAAAAAUAAACUCAUAUUGCAUAAGCCAUUAAGAAAUGUCUCCUUCGAACCAUACACACAGACCUUCCAUGUCCCCUCUCUCUUCUCUCUCUCAUAUAUCUGCACCAUUUUCUAGUCUGCUCGUGCGCUUGAAUUUUCUUUAAAAAGCCUCCCUGCAAAAGUAGCCAGCUAAUCUUCAUAGUAUUUCAUUUUGGAUCAUCAAUGGCGAGCGGAAGCGGAUCUCCGUGCGGCGCAUGCAAGUUCCUCCGGCGGAAAUGCGCGGCGGACUGCGUGUUCGCGCCAUAUUUCUGCUCGGAGCAGGGGCCGGCGCGGUUCGCCGCCAUACACAAGGUGUUCGGCGCCAGCAACGUGUCGAAGCUGCUGCUGCACGUGCCGGCCGCCGACCGCUGCGAGGCCGUCGUCACCAUUGCCUACGAAGCUCAAGCCAGAAUCAGAGAUCCUGUCUACGGCUGCGUUUCUCAUAUAUUUGCCCUCCAACAACAGGUGGCGUAUCUGCAAGCGCAAGUGAUGCAGGCGAAAGCUCAACUAGCACAAAACUUGAUGGAUCAAUCGUCGUCGCGAAAUGCGGAUCAAACUCAAUGGAAUUCAUUUCCGGUUCCCAAUUACGGCAACUAUUACUCCAACAUCUCGCCGCAGAGCUCGCUGGACUCCAUCGACAGCCACCUGCAAAGCAGAGACGACGCGGCGUUUCAGCACUACUACACCAAGAAGCGGCCUUCUCAGACUGAUCUCACCGACCUCCAAGCGCUUGCUCUUAGAAUGAUGAACAAUCAAGAUAAUUAAACUAAUUUAUCAAUUAAUUACUUUUCGUAUUUUAAUUAGUCUUAGUGUGUGUGUGUGUGAGAGAGAGAAAGAGAGAGAGUUAAUUAACGUUGUUGGGAUGUCCGAUCGGUGUUGCUGAGCUGACUGGGGAAAAUGAAAAUCUUUCUCUUAGAAUUGGGGUUGUAUAUAAAGGAGAGAGAUAGAGAAUCUAUAUGCAGAGAAAAUUGUUGUUUUAUCAUGAACUGAAAAUGGUAGAGUUUACGUACUCA